AGAGAGAGGGGAAGAGGGAUUAAAGUUGGUGUUGUUCUGUUUGGUGGCCUCUCUCUGCCUCCUCCAUUAAAGCUUUUGUGAGGUGUAGUAGGGUUCUUCGUCUGCUUCUGCUUCCUCAAUCAACAUCAAAGAAAACAAGAAAAAAUCCAAGUUUGAGAGAGGGGGGAGAGCUUCGAGAUCUCAGGCUUUUUGGCUUGGCUUUGAGGUUAACAUGAGGCAUCAGAGUGGAGGGACUCUUCUUGGGCUCUUGGGUUUGCUUCUCCCUGUUUUCAUCCCCAGUUUGUUCAGUCCUCUGAGCCACGCUUCGCCUUCUGCUCUCUCGGAAUGGAAUGCUCCCAAGCCGAGGCACUUGCAUCUUUUUAAGAGUGCUGUGGAACGCCAAAGUUCAGAUUCAGUACAAAACGAGCUCUGGAAUCCAUUGAGUGGCCAAGGAUUGAGACCGUGCAUCCUGACUACAAACACUCCUUCCUUGCCUGAGAAAAGCCAGGGAUAUAUUCAAGUGUUUCUAGAUGGAGGCUUAAACCAGCAGAGAAUGGGGAUAUGUGAUGCAGUUGCUGUGGCUAAAAUACUGAAUGCCACAUUAGUUAUUCCGUACCUCGAAGUAAAUCCUGUUUGGCAAGAUUCAAGCUCAUUUGGGGACAUAUUUGAUGUCGAACACUUUAUUGAUGCACUGAAAGAUGACAUUCGUAUAGUCAGAGAUCUGCCUGAUGACUUCUCUUGGAGCACAAGAGAUUACUAUGCUACUGCUAUUCGCCCUACCAGAAUUAAGACUGCACCUGUUCAUGCUUCAGUCAACUGGUAUCUGGAGAAUGUCUCACCUGUGCUACUGAGUUACGGGAUUGCUGCUAUUGCCCCAUUCUCGCAUCGCUUGACCUUUGACAAUUUGCCGAUGGACAUUCAGCGAUUGCGUUGUAAAGUGAACUUUGAAGCACUGAGCUUUGUCCCUCAUAUUAGAGCACUUGGAGAUGCUCUUGUCAAUCGUCUCCGGUACCCAUCUGAUGAUAGUAGAGCAACUGCUGGCAACUACCUGCGAGAGGUCACUGAUUUCACUGCUAAAGAAGCAGGGAAGUUUGUUGUUCUACAUCUUCGGUUCGAUAAGGAUAUGGCUGCACACUCAGCAUGUGAUUUCGGUGGGGGUAAAGCUGAAAAACUGGCUCUGGCAAAAUACCGGCAAGUUAUCUGGCAAGGAAGGGUACUUAACUCUCAGUUCACUGACGAAGAGCUGCGAAGUCAAGGACGUUGCCCGUUGACUCCUGAAGAGAUUGGAUUGCUGCUUGCUGCAUUGGGAUUUGACAAUUCUACUCGUCUAUACCUUGCCUCCCACAAGGUGUAUGGCGGAGAAGCCAGAAUUUCCACACUAAGGAAAAUGUUUCCACUGAUGGAGGACAAAAAGAGUCUCGCAUCCGCGGAGGAGCGAGUCCAGAUAAAAGGGAAGGCCUCUUUGCUGGCUGCGGUGGAUUAUUAUGUCAGCAUGCACAGCGACAUCUUCAUCUCUGCUUCUCCAGGGAAUAUGCACAAUGCUUUGGUGGGGCACAGGACCUACGAGAACAUGAAGACCAUAAGGCCAAGCAUGCCGCUAUUGGGUCAGCUCUUCUUGAAUAAGAACAUCAGCUGGUCCGAGUUUCAGGAAGCGGUCAUUGAAGGGCAUAAGAACAGACAAGGUCAAAUCAGAUUGAGGAAGCCUAAACAAUCCCUAUACACAUAUCCGGCUCCUGAUUGUAUGUGCGGUGCGUAAUCUAAUUUUUACUUCUUUUCCCAUUAUAGUGUUGAAUUACUGGGGGAGGGGGCCAUACGGCAUGUCAGUGUCAUUAUUGUUUGUGGCAUGUAAUAUUUGGUCAAUAAAAAAGCGGUCCUGUUUUGCCCGGUCAUUGUGGGACUUUACUUUCCAUGUUGUGCUUAGGGAGAGCGCGGAGGAGUGUAGAGGUCGGGACACAGGAGGGAUUUAUACGGAAAACAGGGCUGCUUUUGUCGACGUCUUCUGGGUUUCCUUAUAUAUUUGUGAACAGAAAGAUUUGGACUCAUAUAAUACUACAGAUUAUUGC